AUGGGUUCGCUUGGCCGCGCGCAGAUCGGAAUUUCGACGUUUUUUCCUUCUCCGCAUCCAACAGAUCAGUGCGGUACAAAUGGACUACCACUUACUCCAAAUUCCAUCGUAAUAAUUGGUCGGUUUCAGCGAUUGAAAACUCUUUACCAUCAAAAUGUUUGUCAGUAUCUGGAUAUCAUCAGAGCCAAACAUGGUGAGUCUCUUUUGAAAAAUGGUAAAAAUCUUCUUUUGGAAACCUCAAAAACUUUUCACGAGGGCGAUGUUUUGCAGGGGGAGGGUUGUGUCUCUGACGCCCUCAUCUCCAACCAUUCGAUAGUUUUCCACUCUGUUUGAGUGCACGACACUUGAGUUCUCUGCAGUUAAUUUAUUAAAAUAAUGUUAAGCAUCACCAGGGUCUCGAUAUCACAUAAUUGUUUAUACUAAAUAAAGGAUGUGAACACCAACAAAAAUAAAAUGACUGUUAAUUAAUUAUGAUGAUUAAGCGAGGUUAUACUGUAUUGAAUUGUUAAUAUCUUUUCAGAAAGGCUCAUAGUUGCUGAGGAGUUCUAUUCUGAAAAUUUACAGCUUGCUUUGAAAAAUGGUAAAAAAUUUAGGUGAGUUUUUUUGCAGAUGAUUGGCUAGUAAUAAAUUAAAGUACCCUUAACUCCUAGAAGUGAUUAAAUUGUAACUUCUCCCUAUAACAUCCAUACAUUAUCCAGCAAACAGGUAAUGAGAAUAAUCAAACUUAUGGGUUAAAAGCUGCUAUUUUGAUCUGACAUAGAAUUCUCACAACUAAUUUACAAGGAAAUGUGUAACAGCUAGCAGAGAGAAUUUAUCAAUCAGAUCUUGGAAGUUAAAGGGUUAAAAAAAGGAAUGAUCAACGGACUUUGAGAGAAUUGCCCUUAUUGCAGUAGGUCAUCCACAAGCUUUUUUCUUCAUUUGAUGUGAUAGUGUUGGGUUCGCUUGUGGAGACAAAUAUUUAAGGAAACAAAUAUUGUUCAACAAUUCUAUUUUUUUACUUCAACCUCAUGGUCCAAUUUUUCUCGUCCUCCCGAUGGCCACAUGACUAAAGUACUCUGGGGGCUGGGGUGGGGUAACUGUCUACCCCUUAUAACAACAAAGAAACACUACAUUUUUGAAGAAAACAUUCAGAAUAUAUGCCAAUUAUUUUUUGAGAGUGUUUGAAUUCAGAUGUUAUCAAUUAAUCAUUAAUUUCCAUGUGAUUUUUAUCUUGCAGUUAUACUGAUAUUAAAACAAUUGCAUUUCAAGUUGUUCAAGGCCUUUCCUUUCUCAAUGCACAUGGCAUUGUCAAUAGGAAUUUGUCUCCUGUGAACAUAGUAUUCACUCCAAAGGUUAGGAUCUUUACAAUUCAUGGUCACGAUCAAAUGUCUUUUUGAUUUUUGAUGCACCAAAUUCCAUUCCAUUCCAUUCCCAUCAUUGGUAUGAUUCUCAUGACAGUUUGCUUUAUUUGUUUAUAUUCCUUAGUGGAUUGAGGCACUGUGAGAGUGAGAAGUUUGCACAAGAAAACAACACAAUUGAUUCAAUGCUAGCUUCAAACCAGACCUCUUGAUCAUGUUUUCAGUGUUAACCACUGAGCUUUAACAUCUUUCACUGCUUUAUAUUGUAGUAAUUACUUAAUUAGGUUCUGUUUAUCUUUGUAGAGUAAUGAAUAUGUCUUUUUGAUUUCAGGGUGGAGUCAAAUUAUCCAGAAGUUGUUUAUAUCAUAUGACUGGUUCUGGGGCUCGAGUUGCAUUUCCAAUUGGGUAAGCUGUAUAUCAUUUAGUGUUCUAUGUAUAUGUCAGAAGAAAAUGUAUAUGAGAGAUGACAAUGAUUGAAAAGUUUCAAGUAACAGUUUAUUUGAUGAUGGUUAAAGUUACUAACUCUGAUUACCUUUGAUGAAAAUAAUGUAGCUUACAUAUUUAUUGACUGAAAAGUAUUAUUGUUUGUGGAUGUAAAAAGAAAAGGGGUUCGUAGCUCAAAACAUAUCAACUUUUUUGUGCAGUUCUCCAGUAUUCAUGGCUCCUGAGGUGGUUUUAACAGGCCAAGGCCUCUCACCUGUAUUUGGACCGUCAGGACCAAAGGUAUGCAUUAUUUACUGUCAAUAACAACAUUUAUUAAUGUGAUAUUGUUUUGAAGUUUUAAUUUGAGGGCACACUCCAAAAGAAGAAAGGUGAUUUGCAAUGUUCUGUAGCUAGCUAUUUAGCCCCAUGACCCGUAAGAGUAACCAGUAUCUAAUUUCUCCUUACAAUUUCACCCCUGAAUCACACACUUAAAGAUUACAAGUCAGAAUAAAGGAAAUGAUAACCAACUAAAGCUGCUUGUGUUUGUCAAACAAAUUCUCCUUGUCAGCCCCAUAGUAAAUGUAUAGGGAAUAGUAUGGAGAAUAUGCAUUUGAAUCAUUUUGACUUGAAAUUUUGAACUUCUGCCAUGACUUUCAACUUGGAUAUUGAUUGAAAGUUGUUGUCAUUUUUUCAAUUUUGCCUUAUUUUAGGUUGAUGUGUGGUCUUUGGGGAUGGUUUUGAUUUACCUGAUAUUGGUAGGUACAGAUUUCUAUUUAAUAAGUAAAUUAGCUUUGGUUUUUCAUUAACCCUUUUCUACCAAGAGUGCACAGAAUCUUGCAUUUUUUUUUCUCCUCAUUCAUUCUCAGGAAGGGUCUUUGUGGGCAAGUGAAUCUGAAAACAAUCAUGUACAAAAGAUAUUCUUGAAAGUUCUCUCUCUUGUAAAAGGUGUUCAAGGUAGGUAGUGCUAUGUUGUUCACAAACUGUUGUUAAUUUUAGCAGUAUAUCAGAUAUCGGAAUUUUCAAGUUUCAAGUGAAGGUAAUGACAAUUAAAGAUGGGUUUUAUAUAGCCCAUUCUCCAUAUGAAUGUGCUUUAAUGCACUUUACAGUACUCUUUGGGGGACUUAAAUCAGACUUCAUUGAGCAGUUUACAACUUUUUAGGGGGAAUUUUCCUGGUCCCCGCUAAUUUAGGAAUGUUUGGAAACAAGUCCAGUACACAACACUGGAAGCUAUGUACCCUACACCUUGCGAUAAUUGCAUGCCGGAUUGGGUUUUUAAGUCCCCUGCUGACCAGUAUGGAGAAGAGGCAGGAGACAGGGCCUAUGGUUUAUCGUCCUCAUCGGAAAAAAAACUAGAAUGUCUUUACCACCAUUUGCAGAUGCCAUAGCAAAGGUAGAACAUUCUCCUGAGUGAACUUGGUCCAGUUUAGGGCUUGAACCCUCAAGCCAUAUCAUGGCAGUCCAGUGCUCUCCAACAUGAGCUUACCAGGCUGCAGUAGUUUUACUGCCUAACCAGGUUUUUCAAUUUCCAUCAGAUUCUUCAAGUGAUGUUCUUAAACUUCUCUUUGAUGACAAUCAUGCACUGGAAAAACUCCAGGUUAGCAACAUUCAAGAGGAAAGUGCAUUUGAAAAUUCUUCAUAUUAUUUAUAAAAAUAAUUUGAUUAAGGUUGGCAUGUUUUGGUCUUUAUUUUCUGUAGGAAAUUCCUUCAGAUCUGGCUUCUUUUCUAAGAAUUUGCCUGACAGUGGAUGUUACCAAAAGGUUUAUUUCUAUUUAAUAUCUCUUUACUUCUUUAUUUAUUUACCUUACAUUUAUUCCUGUAUGGCGACAUGUAUACAAAAAUAUACUUUGAUCCACACAAUACUCAUGAAAGUGGAACCGGUAACAGCACUUUACUUACAUAUGUUCCACAGGCCAGACCAGAUAAGCGUAAACCUAGAAAACUUAGUAAUCAUUUGACCUUUAAGAUAGGAAGAGUGUUAUUCAACAAGUGAUCCACUCUUUUAUUUUUGUCUUACCAGUAAGUUAUAAUGCUGCUAAUUCUAACUUCAAGUUGGUAAAUGAAAAUGUAUUAAUUAAAUGUUUUUUUCCCUAGGCCUAUCCCAUGUGAGUUACUGAAUCAUGAAGUGUUUGCCAACUUCGAUAAAGCAAAGGUAAUUCUUAUCAGGACUCUUGUUUGAAAGGGCAGACAACACCAUCCCACAGAUAAAUUGCUUUUACAUUUUUUACUCCUUAAGUCCUAUGAGACUGUUUUUCAACUCAAAAUGCCUCGACUAUGUCUCAUGUAACUGUCUGAUUUUUACAUGCCAUUACCUUGUUUAUAUUGUAAAGAUAACUUCAUGGUUCCCACCAGGUGAAACUAACCAAUGGAUUUCAGAAAUUUCCUGCUGUAUUCAACUUAAAAGAACUUCCUGUUGGUGAUUUUCAAAAUGAUGAUUUGUUGCAAGGUAAGAUGGCUAGUCUCAUCUGUUUAAAGAUGAUUACAAUUUUCAAGAUGACUAUAUGUGUGCUGUAGGUGAAUUAUUUCCCUUACAGUGAAGGAUACAAUAGUUGGUUUAUUACCUUUAAAUUCUAUAGUCAACCACAGGGAUGGCAUUCUAGGUCAUGACGACUUCAACACGGACAAAGUGUGUAAUUCUGCGAACCCCACUUGAGUGGGGUUUGUGCAUAUGUAUGAGCACUGUUACCUAGUAACGCGUGACGUAUUUUGGUUGGUAUGGUAUGGUCUGAGGUUCAGGGUCUGUUUCUUGUUCUUCAACAGAUGUUGAUGAUGACGAAGAAGAUCUCCUUUCUGAGAGGUUUGAUUGGCAUUCUAUUUUUUGAGGGGGUUAGGUAAACAGUAAUCACAGACAAGUCACUUAGAACGGGCACAUAGUCAAAUGUUAACCCUUUGCCUCCAGGAACGAUUAGCAUCCAACAUCUCCUUAUAAUAUCACCCUGAAUCAAACAUAAGGGUCACGAGAAUUUAGUAAAUGAUCGCCAAACUAAAGCAGCUUGUGAUUGUUUAAACAAGUUCUCCUCGUCAGCACCUUAAGAAAUGUAUAGAGAACGGUAUAGAGGAUAUGCAAAUUGAUGUGAGGGCGUAAAGAGUUGAUGGAUGACGAAUAACGCUCGAAACGUCAAACGGUGGCUAAUUUGAGUUGUUAACACUGAAUUACCUGCUAUACUCUCCCACCGACGCAGGUUUCUUUAGAAACUUACCCCUUUAUUCAUUUGUCUGAUGUUCAACUGAGUUUGAUCCAAAUGUAAUUUUCGUUUUUCACGUUUGUUUCUUCAGACCGCUACACGAGGUGUAUCACUUAUGGAGACUGGCUGGAGGAGAUAUGGAAGGAGAACUGAAGAAACGAGGACUUAUUAAGACAAAGCCUCCAAUAAUGACGCUUCCAGUGUAUGUAACUAAUACGCUACCAAAUAUUGAACAAUUAGAUUAUGAUUUUGGGAUUUAUAUCGCGUGAUAGUUUAUCAGGGCUUCGCCCUCACAAACUUUCUCGCAUAGAAGUUUACUUCGUGAACGUUUUGCCUCGCAGUUAGUAUUUCCUUUUCCUACCAGUCUGCGUAUUUGCCAGCGCUUUCACUGAUUAAACUUCAUUUGCCAUGAUAACAAUGAUAAAGAUUUCUUUAGUUAAUAUUGAUUAAAAUCCAUUCUUGUUGACUUUUGCAGCAUUCUACUACACACUGGAGAGGAACUUGGGAUGGAAAAAGAUCGAGUGUUACUCUUAGAUGAAACAAUAGUUCCUGCAUCGAUGGCACAACUUAGACAGGUAAAAUGGACUGAAAUUAAAGGAAAAGCAUAUACGCAGGCUUGUUUAAUUUGUAUUACGGUUGAAGCUCUUAUCUGUUACUCAUAUCUGUCCAAUGAUUUUAUUUCAGAGGCUCAAACAUGUGGAUCCAUCUGCAUAUUUUCCACUCAUUGAGGAGGAUGAGUAUGAAAUAGUUUCACCUGUUUUAAACUUCACUAAAAUAAUACUAUAUGGAAAUGAAGCUGAAAAGGAAAGCCUCAAAUUGUUAACAUCACUAAAAACUUGAUCGUGUUCAGUGUCUUACCGUCCGGGUGAGAGAAGCUCUGAGACGGAUUGCUGUCGGAGUUAGAGACUGACCUUUCGAUAACCCUUAAAGAAGUUAUCUUCAGACUCGAGUGGAGACUUGUCAUUCGAGUGUAUUACAUCAAGUUCGCGUAAAAUGAUUGGUCACUUUUUCUAUGACGUGUAACGUCAAAACAAGUCGUUGAGAUCAAGUGCAGUGUACGCCCCAGUGACAGUUCUCCUCGUAUGGCGUGUUGAAUUCUUGUGCAAAUAUUUGUCUCUGCGAUAAAUUAUCUCUUAGGGUGCGUGCUCUGGUUAAAAUGUACGCCAUACCUCCUUAUAUCGCAGAGCGUAGUAUUAUACAAAAAUUAAACCCAUCAAGCCGAAAAAAUUUGGAUGUACGACCCUGCGACCGUACAAGGAUUUUGACAUGCGUGGUCUGACUAAACUCGGCUUUUUUUCCUUGUUCUUGACGAUUGGGUCCAUCCUAGCUAGAUAUGCCCUUUCUCGAAAAAAACACAGCUAAACCUAUACAUUAUAGACAAUUAGAGAGAAACUAAACUGAGCUGGAUUACCAGGCCUUCUCACUAAACAUUUUUUUUUUUCUUGUUUAGAUCCAUCCAUGAAACCUUCCCUUGACAAUUAGAGAGACAACUGUGGAUUACCAGGUAGAAUGAACUUAAGUUAGCCCGUGUUUUGUGUGAGUGCAGCCGCAGCAGUACACUGUAUGUUAAGUGGUUUUUUUAAAUUGAAAAAUACAAAGGUGUGACUAACAUUGGUGUGUUUUUUAGUUUCACAGAAUUGUCCUGUUUCAAAGACUUCUGGAGGUGGGAGCAAUCUACGAAAAACAUUUACAUGUUUAAGUACUUAAUAUAUUCUGUAAAAUUUUGACAUUGAGAAUACUUCCAUUAUUGUUUCUCUUGUCAGUUAGUGAGUCAAAAAGAACUUUCGCGUUAGUGUAUGGUAUUUUGAUUCAUAUAUGACUGUAAAAGAAAUUCCAUGUUUGAUUGCUAAGCACUUUUAAUUAAUUCUAAACACUGUAUUGUCCUGUCUUAGGGUUAUCCUUACACAAGAGAUCGUAUAGUACGAGAAGCCAGAAUAGACAUUCCUCCUUUCCUAAGAGGAAAGAUAUGGGCAGCGCUUCUAGGGAUUCAGGUGAGAAUGAGAUCAAAAAUUUCCUUCGCAACGCCGAAGAGAGUGGCAGACGAAAGAGCAUGAUGCUACACGAUGGACUACGGCUCGAGCCCUGAUCGGAUCAUUGUGUAGGGUUAUUGGGAAAAUCAGCAACGUCGAAAGCAUUGUUUGAAUAAAUGAAAUAAGAAAGAUGAUAAAUUUUGCGUUCAUAACAUGGCGAAAAAAAAUCUUUAGUAAUUUCAUUCCCGAGCUAAAAAAUGUAUUAUUUUUCUUAUUUUUAAGGCAGACUUGUUAUGUUUCUCCUCAGGGUGAUAUCCAAGGUACAUAUGACGCUAUUGACAAGGAAUCUUUCACUCAAACAGACAGACAGGUUUGUCAGUCAAUCUAGCCUAGCCUGUUUAACUGGCCUAAUAACUUUGCCACUUUUAAGUUUUUCUUGUGUUCCUCUAAGAAAACAGGUUACGUAUAAUAAGGGUUUUAAUGGGAACAUUCCUCAUGCUAAGCCUUCCAGCAGUGUGAUUGAUGAGGCAACGAAGCAAAGAAGUACUGGUGAAGUGAAUGUAAAAUCCGAAAUUGUAAAUACCACUUAAAAUUGAAUCAUAAUAUAAACUUUGGCGCAACUUGACUUACUAUAGAUUUACUAAAGUCCUCUCCAGUAAAUUUUCGACUUUUUCAGUGAUAUUUCCAAUAUAUUGUUUGCUCUCUUGCGCAGCUGAUUUCACUACCCGAAGAUUUCCACACGAAGGACAACUUGUUUCAAGUGUAAUGAUUUUUAUUUGUGCAUUUUUUCUCAGAUUGAAGUCGACAUUCCUCGAUGCCAUCAGUAUGAUGAACUGUUGUCUUCACCUACUGCUCAUGAGAAGUUUAAGAGGAUUUUAAAGGCUUGGGUUGUGUCUCACACCAGCUUGGUCUAUUGGCAAGGUAAUCAGUGUAGAGUGCUAUUCGGUUGAGUGAGAACGAUAGAAAACAUUACUGGAAUUUUUUAAAUACUCAAGUAACAACAUGUUAAGUUCCUAAAUCGUGGAACAAUGCGAGUGGCCAAGUUAUGAAGGGUUUUGGUUUUGCAUCUGAUAGGUGGAGAGGAUGUUUGUGGUUCUCUGUGUGGUUUACAUGGAACUGUUCUGAACACUCUAAAAGCUUGAUUUUGGAGCAGUUUUCAAGAUAGAGAGGAAAGCGAUCCUGGUUUUCCCUUUUCUUAACUUUGCUCGAUGAUUGGUCCGGAAACCUGACGCCAUCCUUUCAACCAAUCAGAUGCAAAACUAAAAACGAUCGCGACUUGGUCGCCCGCGUUUUCCCGCGCUUCAAGCAGGUUGUCUGUUUUAACUUUGAGUUCUCAUUGGUUAAUGAUGAUGUUAAUCUUUGCUCUGAUUGAUAGCUGUGAUAACUUGAUUUCAGUUUUUCAACACUCAAUUGAAGAAAACUACCUCAUAACCAGGCUAAUUGAUUUUUGCUUUUUUCAGGUCUGGAUUCUCUCUGCGCGCCUUUUCUUUCACUCAAUUUUAACGACGAAGGUAAGAAAACCGAUGGUUAAAAAUAACCCAGAGUGGUUCAGGUUUGAAUUUCGUGUCCGACCGACUAUUGUAUGAUUUUUUACCUUCACAGCUCUUGGAUACGCUUGUCUGGCGGCUUUCAUUCCCAAAUAUCUUCAUAACUUCUUUUUGAAGGACAAUUCAGCCAUUAUACAAGGUGAGCGGUCGUAUCGGUCGUUUUUAAACAUCUUUUGCUCCAUUUCCAAAAAUCACUAAUAGUGCGGUAAUUCCAUUUUCUGGGCAGAAUAUUUGGCAGUAUUUUCUCAGCUUAUCGCCUUUCAUGAUCCUGAGCUUUUUAACCAUCUUCAUGAAAUUGGAUUCAUCCCAGAGGUAAGAAUGAUUUAUAAAACAAUAAUUGUCAUAUCUCUCAGCUAUUAUAUAUUUUUUUUCCGAUUAGGGAAGCGCGUGUCGUAUGUCGCAUGAUGUAGUCUUCAGAUAUCCCUUCGGUGUCUCUGAUUGGAGAUUACUCCUGAAUGGCAAAAACAUAGCAACCAAUCAUAGGCACUGCAUCUAUGUUAAAUUUGAUUUAUAAAACAAUAAUUGUUAUACCUCUCAGCUAUUAUAUAUUUUUUUCCGAUUAGGAAAGCGCGUGUCAUAUGUCGCAUGAUAUAAUCUUCAGAUAUCCCUUCGGUGUCUCUGAUUGGUGAUUACUCCUUAAUGCCAAAAAGAUAGCAACUAAUCAUAGGCACUGCACAUCUGUUAAAUUUGUCGGGUCCAAAUUCUCCCUUUCUCUCGGUCGGAGCAAAUUGUGAUACCAUGAUGAUACCAUUCCACAGUUAUUGUUAUAAAACCUAUUAUCAUUUGGUCUUGUUUUUUUCCACAGUUGUACGCAAUUCCAUGGUUUCUCACCAUGUUCUGCCGUAAGUAUUCGGGUAGAUUAGUUGUCUGACGAAGGGCUAACGCUCGAAACGUCAGCUUUUAAACCCUUUACGUAGGCCAAUUUACGUUAUCAACACAGUUGAUAAUACUAAAUUACCCUUUUAUACUCUCCCACCGACGCAGUACCACAGUUUCUUCAAAAACUUACCCCAUUUCUUUUAACACAACUAUUUCCUAGCUGCAAUGCGCACGAUUCCCAUCCAAGGGUGGCAAUACUUCUUAACGCCUCUCAGCUAAAAACCAGUGUGAGUUCCAGCAUUCUGUUCUUGAUUCAAAAGCAGACUUCGCCUCCUAUCUUUUCCCCUUUUUAUUUUUCAGACGUGUUUCCUCUUAAAAAGAUUUAUCACCUUUGGGACACUCUGUUGCUAGGCAACUCAUCCUACCCACUGUGCAUUGGUGUCGCUAUUCUAGAGCAGCUACGAGAUCAGCUGCUGUCGUUUGGUUUCAACGAAUGCAUCCUUCUGUUCUCUGAUAUGCCAGGUAAGUUGUUUCCAUUCAGUGAGUUGUCUCCUGCUUUCCUUCACCGUUGGAUGGUGCAUGGUCAUCGGAACCCCUUUCCCUCAGACGUAUACACUCUUGCUGUCACAGGUCAUCGCGGUUUCCGUAGCAAUGAAUCAAUCACGGUCAUUUUUACUUCUCCAAGAAGUGACGAUGGUUAAUCUUAGGUGGCCCCAACCCCCCCCCCCCAGCAUUUUAAAAAAUUAGGUCUCCCUUGCUGGGUGGGUUAGGAAACGGAGUGAAGUGUCCCACCCAAGUAUACAACACAUUCACAUGGACAGAAGUCGAACCCAGACCCCUCGAAAUGUAACAGACUGUUGUUGUUAUCUUAUUUCUUGCAUUUUAGGAGUCGACAUUGACCGAGUGGUGCGAGACGCUAAGAGGAUUUUCUGUAACACUCCGCGUACAGCUUCAAUGAGACGACAUGACAGAAUGUAUAACGAUCCAAAUGUGAAACAUGUAAGACUUGAGCAAUUUUCAAUUGAAUGUCUAAAGUGACCCCCAGAUUGCUUCGCUUUACUUUGCAUGACUCUGUGCGUGACUGGUCCAGAAACUCGUACCACUCUCAACCAAUCAGAUGCAAAACAGAAACCAGUCGCGUUGUAGUCAUCCGCGUUUUCCCGCGCUUUCUUGUUUUCCUCUGAGAACUCAUUUGCCCUUUGCAAUAUAUUCCUUGUCCCCCAUAAGUUUCAAAAUACAGUGCAACACAAACUCGUUUAACAAAGAAUUUUGCAAAAUUCGUUCCUCUUCUUGUUAGGAGAAGGAGUUUAUUCCGCUAUCACAGCUUAAAGCUGAAAUCUGUCCCCGGAUUUCCGCUCAAGAUCUUGUACACAUUUGUGAAUUGGACGAAAAUGGAGGUGCCAGAAGCCCAAGGAAAACCAAACCUCGUGGUCUGAUCGUAGAUGUCAGGCCGGCGGAGGAGUAUCCUUGACUCAGUAACAUUUGGACGGUUUAAAGCCAUAGAUAUGUAGUUACAGGGGCGUAGAAGGAAAUACGGAAACUUUUCUGCGACUCGGAAACUUGUGUUAUACUCGCUAAUCUUAUAAAGAUUAAUAAGAACGAGCGGAUUUACUCGAUAAGUUGAAGAAAGUAUGAUUUCCAGCUGUGUUAUCCUUAAUUCUUUAUCUUUCAACGUAAAGAUUCACAUGUGGCCAAAUUCCCGAGAGUGUUAACAUUCCUUACAAUCAGGCGUUCCUCGAAGAGGGCGGACUGGCUCCAUCACCGGCAGCAAAUACACUGACUAGCUUCAAAGGGAGAGUGAUUGUUGUUGUGGGAAAUCGCAAUAAUUACCCCGCUAAGGUAGAGCAAAGUUAAUCAGUCAUUGAGUACGGUGAUACAGCUGAUAGAAUCAGCGUAUUAUACGAUAAUACGAUGAUGCGACUCCGCAAGCGACUUUCAGUUGAGUGUCGCAAGAAGAUUCAGGCUUUACUUUACUCUGUGAUUGGUCCAGAAGUCUCGCACCGCUUGCUUCACCAAUCAGGCACGAAACGUAAACCAGUUGCGUCCCAUGGAUACACGAGUUUUCCCACGCACAUUUCAUUCUCAAUAACAGGUUUGGUUAUAUGAAACUCAGUCGAAAAGCGCAAUAGGCCUAAAGAUAUCUUUUCGUUUUAUUCUUUAAACAGGUUGGUACUGAGCUUGUUCAACUUGGAUUUUCGAGAGUUUGUGUCUUGGAAGAACCAGGGUUGUCAAUUCUUCGCACGCGCGGACAUCUUACAGUUCCAACUUAAGUAUCUGUGAGGACUGUUCAGUUGGAAAACACAUUCUAUUUCCUUAAUGAUAUUCAGUUCAGCCAAUAAUGUGGUAGUCUUCACUUAACGGAAAUGCUCACUUAGGCAUGAGUUGUCGCGUGGCGUAAAGGAGAGUUACGCUAUUGAUAAAAAUUGCAGGCCUUCAGUAAUUAUUCAUCGAAAGUAAGUCGAACGGGAAGGGAAAAAAAAGCAAGACUUGAAAGUUAAUUCUUUGGUACUGUAAUAGUUAUGAGAUUUCACCGAUAAUUUUCUCGAUAUUUGAACUCCAAUAAGAUGUAAAUUUAUGAAUGAGGGGAAUUUUUCAGGAAAUUAUGGUUUCAUGUUUUGCUUCUGGAAAAAGCAAAGAUUCUCCAAGGAUUACAUUUGAUAUAUUUGGUUUAGUAAGUUGUUUCUUAAUGCUUAUUAGGCAAUUUAAAACGGCCGGAAAACUCGGUAGGGCGUUGUUGCAGAGACAUUUCACGAAGUCAAGCCAAUCAACAAUUGAUUCAUACGUCAGCGUGCGUUCAUCGAGCUAUGAAGCACGCGGGAAGUUUGGAGAGCACGAAAGAUGCGUAAGAGUUGCUCGAGGCGUAGCCGAGAUGCGUAAGAGAUGCGUUUUUUUUCAAGGGAUUUGUUUGCUGACGUCAUGAGCGUGCACAAUAGGAGUAUGAAGCACGCUCGCGCUAUUGAAUUUGAUUAGACAAAUUUACUAGCUAUGUUAUAAUUUAUAUUUGACCAGUUGUUGCAUAAUUACACAGGUGUUGUGGUCUUUCGCUAUGUUUUCCAGACCCGUAGUCCUUGUUUUAUAAAAUAUUCAUGAGCCAUUUUAAGGAUCUUGCAGAAAUGAAUGCAGAAUCCCACCUGGUUUAGUUAUAUUUAUAUCAAUUACACAUCGUUUAAAAACGGGAAGAGCAGAUAGAGUUCCACCUUCACGUUAUCUUAACCUCUGAUGAAUGUGAUAUCAAAUUUGAGGGGAAUUCAAAGUACUUCCCUGUCUGUAGUGGAAGCGGAAUCGUGAAUCCUAGCGGUUAAAUCGGAAAGAAUCAUAACCUUUUAUAGACAAUUCGAUUUAGGGCUUAAGCAACUGUACUUUUAUUGUUAUUCCUUUUACUGCAAAGCUUUCGUCGAUUUACGGCAUCGCCAGGGAAUGUAAAGAAAAUAUUCUCAUAUGCAGUAAAUCGGCGAAAGCUUGGACAGGAGGUUAAGGCCUCAAUCGAACCGUCUAGUUAAUCAACAUGCAACUGAAGGACAACUCUAAACGUCCACCUGGACCUUUUUGUUUUACUAAAAACUUGGAAAUCAUGAAUUGUGAGCUAUGGUUAAAAAAUUAGUCGUGAAUAUCAUAAAAGAUUUUAGUAAUCAUUAUAGAGAUGAAAAGAGGCAGGAAUCACAAAGUAAAGUAAUUCCGCUUCCACCUGACUAGUAUAUAUUUAGAGCAGAUAACGGUUAUAGAUUUGAAAACUAUUGUUUUAACACGGGUAUGAGUUACGAGGGAAUCAGGAGAGCCUAUAAAAUAUCCUCGUCUCUUCAACUCCAAAUCAAUAAAGGAGGGAGACACGAAAACAAAGUUAUCGCUCGAGUGGAAUUUUCGGGUGACUUUUACGCUUAUAGGAAGGUUUGAAAACGGAUAUGGAUUUGAGAGAUGGGGUUUCUGAAAGAAACAAAAUGGAUUAAUUAGGGUGUCAGAACCUCAUUCUCUAAUCUUUCAAUUUUCAUUUCCAAAUAUGGCUUCGAUGCCGGUAAGUUACCAGGACUUUCGAGGUUUGAAAAUGGAAGCAGAAAGUAACUAAAACUGGAGUUAAGAUUAAGAGAACUGGGCGGCUCAUCACACCAACAAUGCUGCCCGUGACCUCUAAAUUCGGAGAAGCGUGUGUCGUGUAUCUUCUCUCUUGAUAUUCUCAUCAAGUAUCAUCCUCACACUUUCUUUGAUGUGCGAGUUUCUUCGUGUCUCUACCGUCUGAGCCUCUUUUAAGAGGGUAGCUGUGGUCAGUUAUGCCGCUGUAUCUAACAGAGAAAUAAUGAGGGACAAAACUAAAAGAAAUCUAUCUAUAAUAGUUUAAAAC